AUGAAAUCACAAACUUCCAAAUCCCACUCUGUGGGCUCUGCUGUAGUUAAUGUGGGUACCACUAGCACUAAAAGGAUUCAAGGAUUCAAGGAUAUGAACCUACUCCAUCAGACAACGUUGGUGCUCAACAAACUCCAAAGGAAGGAGCUGUUGUUAGUAAAGCCAUUAAUUGGGAUACAAGCUGCUCAAAAGAUAAAGGCAAUUGGGCAACACUGCCCAAGAGGCAAGUCCACCUCUGCUGGAUACACUUCCAAGGCCACUGCAGAGGAUGCUUUGUUGUCAAAGGAUAAACAAGUGAUCAAAAAUCCUACGGCUGCUACUUCCCUCCGAUUGGACCGUUGGAUAAAGCCCACCAGGAAAAAGGUGCACCCAGCAAACCUUUGGAGCCAAAUUUUGAAGCAUGGAAAGGCAUCAUCGUCCUCCACAGAUCCACGCAAUGACUACCAGCAUCAGGUACUUCAUCUGAAAUGUUUUGAGCCUCUAAUAGAGGAAAACAGGGUAGUAGUGAAACCCCCUGAAGAGGUUGGCAAGCAAGUCUUUGGGCAUGAGAUGGCGGCUUGCCCAAGAACUACACAUACAAAGGUCGGGAAUCAGCCUUGCAAGCUGGACAAGGGCAAAGCAUUAGCCUCAAUGGAAGUCACGAGAGUAGUGGGUACGUUAGAAAAUGCCACCACCAUGCACAAAGGAUCCAAACCCGGAGGACUCUAUAGUCACUGA